AUGGCCCAACGGCUUGAAGAAGGCCAGCAGGAUCCUUUACACAUAUUUUUUGAGUUUGACGACCCUCUUCGUCAACAACUCGUCCAACAAAUCGUCCACGAUGACGAAUUUCUCGACCUCGAUGUUCUCAAGAAAAUGGCGAACGCGCGAACCACGGACGAACGAGACAGACGCACAAACGACUUGAGGAGGGUCUCCCGGCUAUACGAUGUUGCUGGUGUUUGGGCUUAUGAGGAGAGGAAAGAGGAGGAUGAAACAGUUGAUCUCCCACUCGAGAGUGGUAUUCGUGAUGGUCAUCAGUGCGUAGUGACAAAGCGCGGACUGCCAUUGAUUGAGAGUGCCUACAUCCUGCCGAAGAAGCUGAAUGGCACGAAUAAUCUAUACCUCGAGACAGUCGAUUACUGGAACUGGCUUACCGGCUUCUGGGGUGAAGAAAAAGUCAGUAGGUUGCAAAGCCUGCUGCUAUCAGAGGGCACAAUGGACAUGGAGCGACUCUAUAACCGGAUCACUCUGGAAGUCAUGGACCGAACCGAGAUGCAAAUCUCGCUUCAUUGGCUGCCUCUCAAAGAGAACAUGCCAGGGGUGGCAAAGCAUGCUCGGUUCGACUUGGUCUCGACUUUGGAGAGCCCAUAUCAGGAUCCGAAGUACCGACCUUGUGAGACUCCUGGGAGGAAUAACGUCGUCUUUCAUACAGAGACAGGAGUUAGGAUCACCUCAGGAUAUGUUUUCACAGUCAAGACCGACAACAAGGACGAAUGGCCACUACCCUCUAUGGAACUGUUGGAACUGAGGUGGCACCUGUCUCGCAUUGCUCAUAUGCAGGGCGCCGACGGUUAUUACAGCCCCUUUAUCAUGGAGUGA